UAACUAAUAUUGAUUUAAUUGACAUUUUGUUGAGUGUUCGAUAUUAUUUUCCGUAUAAUUGAGAUAUUAUUGGGAUAAUGGGCUAUAACAACGCAGAAAACGAUAGCGGGUCUGGAUCAGACUCAGACUCUAGUAGCAGUCGCAGUCGUAGCCGUAGUCGCAGCAAUACACCAAAUGCAAAAACUAGCAAUGCCGAGUCACCCGCCUCUCGUAAAUCUCGUAGUGGCAGUGAUAGAUCUCGAUCUGGCACUCCUGCCGGUUCGGCAUCGGGUCGUUCACGUACUCCUUCAAGAUCUAGGUCUCGAUCACGCUCUCGUUCCAAAUCUAGAUCACGUUCUCGUUCUGGUAGCGCCAAUAGUGGUCAUAAGUCACGUUCACCAACUAGAUCUCGUUCUGGCACACCACACAGUAAACGUUCCAAUUCGGCAGGGAGCCAUCAUUCUAAAACUUCCAAACGCUCUCAUAGGAGUCGUACACACAGUGGCUCUCCACGUCCCAGCAAAGAUGCAACCAAUGCAGAAAAUGAAGAGGAAUCCCGAUCCCAGUCUCCCAAUCUUCAAAUUGAUGACAGGCAAUCGCGUAGUAGAUCUCAAACCCCACGCUCUCGCAGUGGUUCCCGUAGUAGGUCCAGAACUCCACGAAGAUCUCGUAGUGGCUCAGAGUCUGGCAGCGAUUUUGGUGGCGAUAAAAUUAAAAAAAAGCGAAAAGCUGUAUCAAGUGACUCAGAAGCAGAGAAUGAUGGCAAGGAGUCUCCUUCAAAGAAUAAGAAAUCUCGCAUAAUUGAUUCCGAUGACAGCGACAACGAAGAUGAUGCAAAAAAAAUUGAUGCCCAAGAUAUUUUCGGCGAUGCUGAUGAUAUAAGUAUGUCUGAAGAUGAGGAAGAGAAAGCAAAAUCUGAUAGUGGCUCUGAGAAAGGAUCACGUAAAUCAAGAUCCAGAUCAAGGUCAGGGUCCAGAUCGUCCUCCAGAGGUUCCAGAGGUACCCGGUCAAGAACCAAAUCUCGUUCCAGAUCUCGUACCCCGCGUUCACGUUCUGGAUCUCGUGCUAGAUCACGAUCCGCAGAACGAGUUGCCCAAACACAAAGAGAAGAUGAACCCGAGCCCAUACCUGAAACACGUAUUGAUGUUGAAAUUCCACGCAUAGUAACAGAUUUAGGUCGGGAAAUCCACUUUGUGAAAUUGCCAAAUUUCUUGUCUGUUGACACAAGGCCCUUUGAUCCCGAAACAUAUGAGGAUGAAAUUGACGAAGAAGAAACCAUGGAUGAGGAAGGUCGUCAACGUAUCAAAUUGAAAGUUAGUAACACCAUCAGAUGGCGUGAGUAUAUGAACAAUAAUGGCGAUAUGGUUAAAGAAUCGAAUGCACGUUUUGUGCGUUGGUCCGACGGCAGUAUGUCUCUUCAUUUGGGCAAUGAAAUAUUUGAUGUCUAUCGUCAACCAUUGCAUGGCGACCACAAUCACAUGUUUAUUCGUCAGGGUACAGGUCUUCAGGGACAGGCAGUUUUUCGCACAAAACUGACAUUCCGACCACAUUCAACCGAAUCGUUUACUCACAAAAAGAUGACCAUGUCAUUGGCUGAUCGAUCACAAAAAGUAUCUGGCAUCAAGAUACUCACGCAAGUUGGCAAAGAUCCAACACAAGAUCGUUUGUAUAAUCUAAAGAAAGAAGAGGAGAAAUUGCGACAAGCUAUGCGCACUCAGAAUAAACCCCCACCGAAGAAUAAAAAGAAAGGACAAGAUGCUCAUGGUGCUCCCGGCGGUGGUGGCUAUCACCAAGAUGAAGGCAGUGAUGAUGAAAAUGUCAUUUCUCUAAGUGCCAUCAAGAACAAGUACAAUAAGAAAACUAAUCCGGCUGCUUCUUCUGGUCCUGGGGCCGACCAAAAGGCCUCCGCCAUAUAUUCAUCCGAUGAUGAUGAAGGCUCAGACUUUGAGGGUAGGCGUAGCAAGAAGGUGGAUAAAACAAAAGUUGUUAAGGCAUUGCGUGAUUCGGAUAGUGAGUCCGAUGUUGAACGUGGCAGUGAACAUAGCGACAGUGGCGACGAUGAUGCUGGAAGUAAGAGUGGACGUUCGGGAAGCGGAAGUGGCAGCGGUAGCGGAAGUGAAUAAAAUUUAUAGUAAAUAGUAUGGUCCCAUAAAUAGUUUCUAAAUAAAAAAUAUUAAAUGACAUCUA